AAUUAUGUAAUUCCAAAUUCCCAUCCUUACAUCCUCGUCGACUUAUCGGCCCGUUGUUAAAGUAGAACAUCGAAGAAGAAUAAACUCGCUUAAAUUGUGUGCCUUAUAUAUAUAUAUGGGGCCCCAAAGAACAAUCAACAUUCAUCGGAGGAAUUCAAGAAUGCCAAGGGUAGUGAGUGUAUGAUGGUGAACACAGUGUUAGCUUUGAUGAAGCAUUUAGUCUACCGAAUGUUGACCGAAAUCAAGCCAAAGUGCGUGGGAGCUGCAGCUGCACUUAGGCAGUCUGCCUUUUCCCCCCGCGCGGUGGAAUUAGAUUAGUAUAAAGGAAGACCCCGCGUUUACUCGUUGAUCAGGUACAUGGUCAGUAUCCUUUUCUUUUCGCACGGACAUCCGAUCAUACUUCUUGUCGGUGAAAUAGAAAAGGUAUAAAUGGAGCGCAGUUUGAAUUCCUAGAAACCUUACUCCUUCUUUCUUCUCCAUAACCCCCCUAACUAGCAAAAAUGGCUGUCAACGGAACUCCAAAACGAUCUGGCUGGUGGAAAGAUGCCAUCAUUUAUCAAAUUUGGCCUAAAUCUUUCCAUAGCGCAAGAGGUUCUCCAACAGGAGACAUUCCCGGUAUCAUUGCCAAGUUGGACUAUAUCAAAAGUCUUGGUGUAAACACGAUUUGGGUCUCUCCCCACUACAAAUCUCCUAUGAUCGAUGAAGGUUAUGAUGUCGCUGAUUAUGAAGAUGUCAAUCCUGAUUUCGGUACAGUCGCCGAUGCAGAACAACUUAUCAAAGAAGUUCAUCAACGUGGAAUGCGAAUCAUUUUCGAUUUGGUGAUUAACCAUACCAGUGAUCAACACAAAUGGUUCCAAGAAUCACGCUCGUCCAAAACAAACCCAAAGCGUGAUUGGUACAUUUGGAGACCAGCCAAGUAUGACUCAAACGGCAACCGUCAACCACCAAACAAUUGGGCCAGUAACUUCAGUCAAAGUGCUUGGACAUGGGAUCCUACAACAGAAGAGUAUUUCUUGCACUUGUUUGCAAUCGAACAACCAGAUAUCAACUGGACAAAUGCAGAAUGCCGUAAAGCCUUAUUGGAAAGCUCAAUGGAAUUCUGGUUGAAGCGAGGUGUAAACGGUUUCCGUGUGGACACAGUCAACAUGUACUCCAAGCCAAUGGACUUCCCCGAUGCACCAAUCACCGUUCCUGGAAGUGAUAUUCAACCUGCUUCCAGCCUCUACUGCAACGGUCCAGAGAUGCACAACUACCUUCGCGAAAUGGGAGACAUUUUGGAAAAAUACGAUGCCAUGACUGUGGGUGAAUUGCCAUGCACUUCCGACCCAAAGCAAGUUUUGGAAUACGUUGGCUUUGCAAGAAAUGAGCUCUCGAUGGUAUUCCAAUUCGAUACUGUCGACCUUGGAAAAACACCUGGAGACGUUUUCGCCUUCAAGCCUUGGACCGUUUCCGAUUUCGCAAACAUUACCAACAAAUGGCAAACAUUCACAAACGGAAACGAUGGUUGGACAACCAGUUUCAUCGAAAACCACGACCAAGGAAGAGCCCCUUCUCGCUUUGGAAGUGAUAAGCCAGAACACCAUGACGCUUCCAGCAAGAUGCUCGCCUUGUUGACUGUUUUGUCGUCCGGUACACCAUUUGUAUACAUGGGACAAGAGCUUGGUAUGACUAACGUUCCUUUGUCCUGGGACUACAAGGAGUAUUUGGAUUUGAACACGAUCAACUAUAUCCAACGUUUGAAGGAUCAAGGCAAGAGCGAUGAUGAAAUCGUCAAGAAGUACAUGCCAGCCAUCAACUUGCACGCUCGUGAUAACUCUCGUACACCUGUUCAAUGGACCGAUGGACCAAAUGCAGGUUUCACAAAAGAAGGUGUUAAGCCUUGGAUGCGUGUGAAUGAUAACUACAAACAAAUCAACGCUGCUCAACAACUCGAAGACAAGGACAGCAUUUUGUCGUUCUGGAAACAAGCAAUCGCAUUGCGUAAAGAACAUCCUGCUUUGUUCACCUAUGGAAAAUUCACAAGCUUGUUGGAUUACUCUGGCAAAGAAGACCACAAGGUGUUUGCAUUCGCAAAGGAUGCAGCAGGUGACAAAGCUUCUUCUGCUACCAAUAAACAGGCAAUCGUUUUGCUCAACUUUAGCGAUCAAGAACAAGACGUUUCCAAAAUUGCAAAGGGUAAAGUAGCACUUUCUUCUCACAAAGACACAAACGCUUCCGCUCCUUUGAAGGCAUACGAAGGUAGAGUCUUGCUCGUUUAGAUUAUAUAGAAUGUAGACAUUUUCACUUUUUUCUUUCGAAUAUAAAUUUCA